AUGGGGGGCAAACAGGCUUUAAAGCGCAACAACCACCUGGCCGCAGCUCAGCGGAGCCAGAGCGACCGCGGCCGCUCCGUGCUGCCGCCCGGUGGUCAACUGCCGGCGCUGCAGGGCUACAGCCGCGUGUGCCGUCGCGUCCGCGCUCAGUGCUGCCACCGUGUGUUUCGUUACCGGCACUGCACAGCGGUGCGCGCCGUCCCCCAACUUUCUGUCCACCCAGCUCCUAGGGAGGAGGUUGCCUACGUGACCUGUACCUACAGGGAGACAUGCAACGACCAGCCUGACUUCCUGGCCACCGUUGACCUCAACCCCAGGUCUCCAACCUAUGGCCAGGUGAUCCACCGCCUGCCCAUGCCCAACCUCAAAGACGAGCUGCACUGCGCGGGCUGGAGCGCUGCCUGCAGCUGCUUUGACAGUGCCGCAGCGAAAAGGACCAAGCUGAUCCUCCCCUCUCUGAUCUCCUCCCGCAUUUAUGUGGUGGAUGUGGGGUCACAGUGCCGGGCUCCCAAGCUCUGCAAGACAAUUGAGCCAGUGGAUGUCUUCUGGAAGUGCAACAAAGGAUACCUGGCUGUGGUCCACAGCCUGCCCAACGGGGACGUCCUGAUUGCCAACACAGGGGAUGCAGCUGGCCACGGGAAGGGUGGAUUCGUCGUGCUGGAUGGAGAGACCUUUGAGCUGAAGGGCAACUGGGAAAAUGAGUGCGAGGCUCCCCCAACUGGCUACGACUUCUGGUACCAGCCACGCCACAACGUGCUGAUCAGCUCGGCCGGGAUGGUCCCGAGACGAGCAGGACGUGGGUUCAAUCCUGAUGACCUGAAGAAAGGGGUCUAUGGGCGCCGCCUGAACGUGUGGAACCUGUCCUGCCGCAGCCUGACCCAGUGCUUUGACCUGGGGGAGGACUCCCUGCCCCUGAGUGUCAAAUUCCUGCACAACCCUGAGGCUGCCGAGGGCUACGUCGCCUGUGCCCUCAGCGGCAUCAUCUACCGCUUCUACAAGUGCGAGAGGGAAAACUGGGCGGUGGAGGAGGUGAUCCGGAUCCCAGCCAAGGACGUGACAGGAUGGAUUAUGCCCAAGAUGCCAGCCUUCACCACUGACCUCAUCAUCUCCCUGGAUGACAAGUUCCUGUAUCUCUGCAACUGGCUGCACGGAGACAUCCGCCAGUACGAGCUCUCCAAGCACUGCAAGCCCCGGCUGGUGGGACAGGUCUUUGUAGGAGGCAGCAUCCUCAGAGGAGGACCUGUGACUGUGUGCAGAGAUGAGGAGCUGAAGUGCCAGCCUGAGCCCUUGGUGGUCAAGUGCAAGAGGAUCUAUGGUGGCCCCAGCAAAAUGCAGCUCAGCCUGGAUGGCAAGAGGCUGUACGUCACCAACUCCUUCUACAGCACAUGGGACAAGCAGUUCUACCCCAACCUGGUCAGGGAAGGCUCUGUCAUGCUGCAGAUCGAUGUGGACACGGAGAAGGGAGGCCUGAGCGUCAACAAGAACUUCCUGGUGGAUUUUGGCAAGGAGCCCAAUGGGCCUUGCCUUGCCCAUGACAUUCGCUUCCCCUCUGGAGAUUCCACCUCUGAGACCUUGGCCUAGACACCACCUGAGACGCUCCCUGCUUCUCCCUCUCCUGUAGUGCAGCCAUUAGGGAAGAGUGUGGCUUAGUUGGCUUUGGGGUCCCUCUCACUUGCUGGAGUCUCAGUUUCUGCUACCAUGAGCUGGAGAAGCUCUGGGGGAGGGCUUGGUGCAGCAGACCAGUGAGCGGCGACACGCAGCCUGUUCCCAGGCUUGUUCUCAGUGCAAAGCCAUCCCUGGGCCUGAUGCUCACAGCAGGGCCCAGGGCAGGUGUCAGGCUCAGAGCUGUGCAGG